GAAAUUCCACCGAUUGUAUUUCCGCCUCCACCGCCGGCAGCCCCGCCACCUCCUCCGCCACUAGUUUUUAUCUUGUUUUAAAAUAAAUAAUAAGCAUAAAUUCUAAUAGCCAACUCCUCCUUUGCUAACACCGCCACCUUGUUCGCCAAUGUGUAUGCCUCAAUGUUUUCCAAGUUGCAUGAUUAUGAUGCCUCCGCAUUUGCCACCACCACCUCCUCCGCCUCCUCUACCUCCACCACCGCCUCCAGCUUUUCCAACUCCUCCUUUGCUAACGCCACCACCUUGCCCACCGAUAUGUAUGCCUCAAGUAAAUUUCAUAAUCUUUAAUUUCCUCAAAAUUAAACUUAAUUUUAAAAAAAUCGCUUUAGUGUCUUCCAAGUUGCAUGAUUAUGAUGCCUCAACAUUUGCCACCCCCACCACCCCCGCCUCCUCUACCGCCGCCACCACCACCAGUGUUCACUCCUCCAAUGUUUGUUGUGCCUCCAGCACCUCCUCCGCCACCAAUGGUAUUCAUGCAGCCGCCUCCACCACCACCAGCUCUUCCUCCUCCUCCCCCAACACCUCCAGUUCCAUUUAUGUUGGAAUGCCAAUCGCCUUGUUUGGUUUGUUUUUGUUUGUUAAAAACAUUAUACCAACCUGUCAACCCUCAUGUAUACUACAACAAUUUGCAAUAGCUUCCCAACCUAUCCUUCCCCCACCUCCACCUCCUAUUUUUGCUGCCCCACCGCAAGCAAUUUGCGAACCAUGCCCACAGCCUUUCUUACCUCCUCCUCCAGCAAUCUCACCUGUUGUUUUACAGCCACCAAUUGCACCUAUAUGCCCUCCAAUAUGUCAGCCGUUAAUUAUGCCACCACAUCCAAUUCCUCCUCCCCCACCUCCAAUAUUUGCACCUCCAUCUCCCCCACCUGGAAUUCCAUUAAAUGCAUUUUGCAUGCAGGCAUGCCCUCCAAUGAUGCAAAAUAUGGUCCCAAUACCUCCCUCAUUUCCACUUCCUCCAUCAGCACCUCCAUCAGUUAUUUUAGCUCAACCACCUCCUAAUACUUUUUGUGGACCUCCAUGUCCUCCUCCUCCGUUGAUGUUUUGUCUUAAUGUACCCCCAGCCUCACAUCCACCUAUACCUCCACCAUUAUUUGACAUGCCACCUCCACCGCCGAUAGGCUGUAUUUGCCCUCCAGGUUAUGUGCCUUGUUCUAAAAAAUUCUGUUGCUCACGACGAAAGAAUAGGGAUUCGCCAUUAAAAGAAUUUGUUAAAACUAACAGCUCAAAAAAUGAUGAAAGUAAUAACGGCAGCAUUAACCAUGAAAAUUCCAUAAAACCCCAACAGAAUACAAUUAAACAAACAGCAAAUUCAAAUAAAUUAUUUUCAAUUUUAACAACCGAAAUGCCUACAAUUGUAAUUCAUAGGCAUAAAACAACAACAACAAAUAACAACAAUAUUCAACAAGUUGUAACACCUACAAAAGUUGAUCUUUCGUCUUCAUAUUUACAAAAAGCUUCUGUAAAUAUUUCUUUUAAAUUAGGGUAACACCCCGUCCCCGACGAUUUUUUGGCAAAACUCCCGAUCCGAACCCCGAAGGCUCUACCCAGACAUGCCCUUCCAGGCAAACCCCGAUCCCCAACACACC